UUCUUCUCCUCCUCCUCCUUCGGUCAGUCUUCGUCUGCUACCUCCACGCGUUUGGUUCGCCGCCAACCAUCUCUGAAGCCUUCGCUCCUGCUCUGCGACGCCCCUUCUUCGAUCAUCAUCUCUCGGAAUGGAGAAAUCGCUGGACUCGUCCAAGCAGAAGCGGCUCGGCCGUCCCAGCUCGACGGUGUGGGACUGCGGGAGCGCCCUCUACGACUCCUUCGAGCUCAAGUCCUUCGAGCGCCAGCUCGACUCCGCCAUCUCCGCCCGCACCCUCUCCAUGCCUCACCUCCCCGGCCGCCGCGCCCUCCCCCUUCCUCCUCCGCAGCCGCAGCCGCAGCCGCGAACGGCGGCCCCGACGGCGGCGAAGAAGCACUCCAGGAUCUCGCGGACGAUCCAGAAGCUGCUGCGGUCGGUCUUCAAGACGAAGCCGUGCUCGACCCCGGCGUUCGGCGUCGUCGGCGAUCGGUGCUCCCGCGCCGUGGUCGGCCAGGACGACCGGUUCUACGUCGUGUGCGACAAGUCCGGCGCGCUCACCACGAUCCCGGAGGCCCCGGAGGUCGAGUACCUCGGGAAGUUGUCGCCGCCGGAGAUGGAUCGGUUCGUGAGGAAGACGGCGUCGGAGAGGUUCGCCGCGCCAAGCUCCAUCGGGAUCUCAUGCGCCUGAAAAGCGGAUCAUCCACGAUAGCGAGGACUAUACGAGUAGGUUUGUGCAUAAAAGUUGUCAGUCGUCAGAUGUCAGGUUUAGCUCGUCAAAUAAUCGGAGUUCCAUGCGAUGAUUCUGUAUAGGUUUUCGUUCAUAUGAAAUUACGUUCUUUCUCUUUUGGAGGGGGGGACAUGUCAAGAGCUCAAGGAAACCUCCGUUGAUAAUAGUAAUACUACUGCUAUGCUUGAUGGAUCACAACUGCGUCGACAUCAUGUUCACACGAUGAAGUUCAUCAGAUCAUGAAAGCAGAGAAACGAAGGAGACGAUGAUGGCCGUCGAACGAACGAUUUCGGCGAGGUAAUUCCAUGGAGGAUGGAGAUGCUUGCAUGAUCGGUUCCUGGAAUUCCCAUUUUUCGUGCUUGGAUAAGUCUUUGCCCAAAAUUGCUUUUUGGCUGGCUCGGGGGGUGACGUGGCUUUUCUCCUUCGUCGCGCUCGGGGUUUCGGGGUCAAUAUACCUCGUGGGAUUGACCUAACGAAAGAGAAAGGCCUUUCGUUGCCUUGGUUUCGAAGCUUUUUUAGGUGUGUACGUAGCUGUUUCCUUUCGAGGAGGACGACUUGACCUAAUCCCACUUGUUUUCCCCCA